GUUGUUCAUUGAAGAAGAAGAGGGACGGUCUCGGUGUGCCCUCCUCCUUGAAGAAAUUGAAUCAUGUCGACGAAACUGUGCAAGCUCUUCGUCGGGGGGCUGAACGUGGAGACCACUGAUGAUGGCCUCCGCGCGCAUUUCGAACAGUUCGGAACCCUCCAAGAUUGUGUUGUGGUCCAGAACCAGCAACUGGGACGGUCCCGCUGUUUCGGCUUCAUCACCUACGCGACACCGGAGGAGGCCGACGCAGCAAUGGCGGCUAAGCCACAUGUCGUUGACGGCAAAAGCGUGGAGUUGAAAAUGGCCAUUGCGCGAGAGGAUGCUCAGAACCCGGACAUCGUGGCCAACGUGAAGAAAAUCUUCGUCGGCGGUGUGAAAGACCACAUCGAGGCGGAGAACCUGACCGAGUACUUCUGCCAGUUCGGCGCGGUGGAGAAGGCCGAGAUCAUCUCCGACAAGCAGACCGGCAGAAAGAGAGGCUUCGGCUUUGUCUUCUUCGAGGACACCGACUCCGCCACCAAAGCGGUGCUGACCAAAUACCACACCAUCAACGGGAACAAGGUGGAGGUGAAGAAAGCUCUGACCAAACAAGAGAUGACUACCGGCGGAGGAAGAGGAGGAGGCAGGGGUCGAGGGAGAGGGAUGCAGAACUAUGGCGGCGGAAGAGGUGGUGGCUACGGGGGAGGCUACGGCGGCAACUACGGAGGAGGCUACGGCUACGGCGGGGGUUACAACGGAGGCGGAGGAGGUGGCGGUGGAUACGGGGGUUAUGGGGGAUACGACGACUACGACAACCAGAUGGGUGGCGGGUACAGCAAUGGGGACUUUGGGGACGGCUACGGACAGCAGCAAUCGAAUUAUGGUGCAGUAAAGGGGGGCAACUACUCCUACAGGAGCGGGGCUCCAUAUAACAGAGGCGGCGCAGGUGGCUACGGCAGGGGGGGUGGAGGUGGUGGGUAUGGCGGCGGCUAUUAGAUCCGCCUUUAAAUUUUUUUGAAAUGAUCAUGGGGAAUUUUUCUGAUUUCAACGAACUUGAAUGCACACACGUUAACACACAUGCCCAGGUGGGGGUGAGGGGUCUUUGUUGUUCAGUUAAAGGGAACAGAGCCCAUCACCCACGCAGAAUGAAUGAGACUGUCCCCCCUGGGACCCCUGCCCCCCGUUCGGUCUCCAUCUGUCCUCUUAUUCCACAUAUUAUGGACUUUAUUGCUAAGAAUUGUGAAUUACUGUAUUGUACUUUUGUUAUGUUCGGGAUGGACUUGUUUUGAAACAUUUGUAAAAUGUCAGCCACUGCUUUUCUCAGAGUUUGUCUUGCUAACCAGACACAUUUGUCUGUUCUAUUUCUUUCAUCAUGAACUCAGGGUUUUAAGUGAAGUUGGUGGCAGAGUUGGGCAGCGUGGGACUAAACAACAUGAGUGUCUUGAUCUGUUAACGUGACAAAGUAUUUUUGACGAACUGUCCCGACCUGUUUUAUUACCUGUAAUCAUUUAUUCCCGUCCCAUUACUCUCUUUUUUAUUUUGGAUUAAAAACAGUUAAAUUGAAGUGUUCAGUUCACCCCUAUGUGUUAUUCUGCUUUUAUUAAAGUUUUUAAUGUUUCGAAAAGUCUAUCUUAUCUCGCAGUAUUGUUUCAUAUCUUCAGGUUUAGCCUACCUGCGGUUAGUAACCACACUGUGGUCUGAUUCCCCAAUCAACCACCAGGGAGCAGUGUUGCAUACAAAAUCCAUCGUUUCCAGUUGAUCAGCCAUUUUAUACCGGCCAAGAAUAACCGGGUGGAAAAACCUGAUAGUGAGUGAGCAUUACGAAAAUUAACAGUGCUUCGUUUGAUAAGAAAAACUGAAUGUUUUUUUUUUUUUUUUAAAGAAGGCUGAUAUCCUCCCCACUUGGUCUCAUACAUUCAUCCACGUUCUUCCCUACCUUUUGUUCUACCAAUUAAUCUGCUUAAUCCCGAUAAUAUUAGGGAGGCCACGAACAGAUAAAGCUUCAUAGUGUCAAACAAAAUCUCAAAGAAGUGAUAAAAUGAGGGCUGUUUUAACACCGCUUGGUUUUCGUUGGAAAGGGUAGAUACGCUGGUAGUGAUGAGGAUGGAACAUAAGCAAGAGCUCUCACUCUGACACUAAUUUUGGGUGCAAAAAUUGCACAACCCCUCUAUGUUAUAGAAAUGAAAGAAUAAGCCUGAAAUACAUAAAAAGUUUGUCUUUCUUAAUGGAGACGUUUUUUGUUAAUAAACCAAAAACUGCAUUAUAAUUAGAGGAUAGAUUCACUGCAUUGCAAUGCGUCAUACAACUAUAUUUUUAUAGUUUUGUGUACAAAAUUAAAUGUUUGAUGCAUUUGA